GGUGGAUAUCCGCUUAAAACACUGAAUCUCGAAUCUGUCAGGAACACAGAGGUUUCUCAUUGUUUGCUAUAGGAAUGGUGAACGGCGCACUACCAAGCUGUGGUUCCUCUUCCCAUGGUAAUCAAAAGUCCCAUUCAAUGCUUCUCACAAAGUCAGUCCUAUCCGAAUCCUGCCAGCCACAAAGUUUACAGACACCAUCCGAACGCCCUCAUCCGUCGCAUUUCCGGAUCCUAGCCAACCUCCACCCCCGUUCAUUUUCACAGUAGUGUACCCAACCUCCACGACCAAAUUGCGCUAAGGGAAAUCUCCAUCACUCUGGCUUUUAGUCUGGUCAGCACGUUAUCUGUGCCAGUCCGGGGGAGGGCAGGCAAUAGGGAAGGGCAGGGGUAGCAGCGAGGACGAAUGGCGCAGAAGGGACGGGAAUGCGUGCGCAGGAAUGAAUGUGUAUCUGGAUGGAAAUUUUUUGUAUUGGUGUUGUGUUGUGUGAAUCGGUCGCCCAGUGCUGGCCGUUGUCUUUUGCGUUGACCGAGAGUUUUCAAGCCUUCUUGUUCGUCCCAUGCCCCGUUUACCGGAAGAGAAAGAGUGUUCUCUAUGCUUACCUGACAGAUGGCGUGUGCCGCCCGCCAGCCUGUAUGAUGAGAAAUAGCAGUAAAAUCUUCAUCCUGAAGUUUAUCGAGUUGAGCGAUGCCUAUUGCGGGUUGUCUCCCUUGCUUGGGUAAUUCAGGUACACCGUAUCACCGCUCUUACUAC